CAGUCUUCAGGCAAACUGCAGUUUAACACUAUCAGAAUUCUCACUCAACUCUAUAAUCAUGUCUAGGAGCACGUUCUGGACUCCCUUGCCAAAGCCAUCUUCUAGGCUAGCGCGGUAUCGCGUGUUGUCUCCUAAUGCUGGUAUCCAUGUCUCACCCUUGCAGCUUGGUGCUAUGAGCAUUGGUGACAAGUGGGAGGAAUUCGGUAUGGGUAGUAUGGACAAGACAUCCUCUUACAAGCUCCUCGACGCGUUCUACGAGGCCGGGGGAAAUUUCAUCGACACCGCUAACCAUUACCAAGAUGAAAGCUCUGAAGAAAUCAUCGGGGAGUGGGCAGAACAACGGGGCAUUCGCGAUCAACUUGUGAUCGCUACAAAGUACACGAACAAUUAUAAGCGCGGCAACGACGCCAUUCGCCAGAAGGGAGCGUAUACCGGUAACAACAUCAAGUCAAUGCAUAUCAGUGUCGAAGCCAGCUUGAAGAAGCUGAGGACUUCCUACAUCGACAUUCUGUACGUGCACUGGUGGGACUGGGACACCUCGGUCGAAGAGGUCAUGAACGGUCUGCAUGUGCUUGUGCAACAAGGCAAAGUGUUGUAUCUUGGCAUCUCGGACACUCCUGCUUGGGUUGUGUCCAAAGCGAACCAGUAUGCUCGGGAUCGUGGAAAAUCACCGUUUGUGAUCUACCAGGGUGCUUGGAACGUCAUGAGUCGGGAUUUUGAACGAGAUAUCAUACCGAUGGCCCGCUCUGAAGGUCUUGCGCUUGCGCCCUGGAACGUCCUUGCCGGCGGGAAACUUCGAACUGACGAGGAAGAGGAGCGCCGCCGGCAGACAGGAGAGAAAGGCCGCAUGAUCACCAAUCCCAACUGGGAACGCAACUCGACAGAAAGGGCCAUGAGCGGAGCGCUGGAGAAGGUCGCCAAAGAAGUCGGUGCGAAGCACAUCACAGCGGUGGCCAUUGCAUAUCUUAUGCAGAAGACGCCCUAUGUGUUCCCGAUUAUUGGUGGGCGAAAAGUGGAGCAGUUGGAGGCCAACCUAGAAUCGCUGGCGAUCUCGCUAACACCUGAACAGAUGGAGUAUUUGGAGAGCAUCGUUCCUUUCGACCCGGGCUUCCCCUCCACACUGAUUGGUAAUGGCAAGCAAUACAGCUUUCUUUUACUGCAUACUGCAUAUCUGGAAAAGCAGCCGCAGGAGAAGCCCAUAGUUCCAGACGCUAAUUAG